AUGGAACCGUAUCAGCUCCAAAUGACGCGAGGCGAUGACGGACACAAACUCGUCCACUUGCCUACAGGCGGAUGCGUUGCUGUCCCAUUCGAUCCGCUGUACGCAGCCGAACGCGCUGCUGCUGAAGCUGCUCGAGCCAUUGAUCCACCCGAUGAACUCCGGUGCAAGUACAAAAGCACUCGCUGCCUAAACUUGCGGGCCAAGAAGCGGAACGGCGAGCUGCACAACUUCUGCCAGAUCCACCGCGAGCGUGCAAACCAGAACCAACGCAACUCGGAGCAGCGGAAACGGUAUCCAAAGCAAGGGGCGCGGCGAAACGAGCGCGACCCCGAGGACUAUCCUCGUCAUCUACAUCUCCUCGAGCCGCUCCAAGGUGAGGACAGCUCGCAUUUGGAACCAACGUAUGACGAACUAAAGGAAGCGGCGAUGCUACUGAGUAUUCCUGAUCGCGACCGAGAGUAA